UAAUGGUCACAAAGAUUUUAAAAUAUUAAAUAAUGCUGCCUAACUUGAGCUCAGUGUUGCUGAUCACUUUACAAAUACCAUUUUUCCUUCCUCUGAAUCUGAUAUCAAAAUUACCGGAAUUUGUCUUUGAUGGACAAGGUAGCCGCUGAACUUCAAAGUGAUGCAGAUUCAGUGUUGUCAGAUCCUUCUCUCCAUCAUCAGACAUGUGAAGGAAAUGGAAAAGGUGAAAAGACCUCCUUGAUUCCACAGUCUAAACGACCUAGCCUCUCCUCUCUGCAAAUACCAGCAAGGUCACUAGAAAGUGCAUUAUCUUCUUUUACUAAGACAGAUGGUCCUACAUUGUCAAGUCCAGGUUCCACCAGAGGACUGCCCCCAAGGCCAAAUUCAGCCAAAGUGAAGUCCUCCAUAAGAAAUUUGCUUCCUGCGAGGAGCUUUAGGGCUAAAACUUGUUCCCAAGAUUGUGAAAGGACAGUUCUGAUUGUUACUGAUACUUUACCAUCAGAUGGUCCUGUAGAUAAGCCUUCAACUUCAAGGACCCUUUCUCUUAAUAAGAUAUUGUUCCCUUCAUCAACAAAAGCAGCAUAUUCAUUACCAGUUACUCCAAUUGCAACUUCAUGUGCAGCGAAUGUACAUGGAAGACAUCUAGGGAGUGAUUCUGAUUUAAGUAAAACGGAAGUAAAUCAGCAUAUGACUCGAUCAUUUUCAGUUCCAGUUAAUGUCAAAACCACUAAUUUAAGGCCUACAGAUUCUAGGGGACUGAUUCGUGUAAUUUCAGCAAAAUCACAUCUACCAACUAUUGAUGGCAUUUCAACUCACAAUGCUUCAGUGUCAGAUAUUGUCAUUGAAGAUGCUUCUGAGGAUAUUCCAGAGGAAGAAGCAGUUUGUAGGAUUUGUUUGGUGGAGCUUGGUGAAGGAGGGAAUACUCUUAGGAUGGAGUGCAGUUGUAAAGGUGAGCUUGCACUUGCUCACCAAGACUGUGCAGUAAAGUGGUUUACUAUCAAAGGAAACAAGACCUGUGAUGUCUGCAAGGAGGAUGUCCGAAACCUCCCUGUGACACUAUUGAAAAUAUCUAAUCCUGUAACUGUUGCUCGGCAGCCAAUGAAUGCACCACAGCAGAGACAAAUAGCUUAUUAUAGGAUAUGGGAGGAUGUACCAGUACUUGUCUUGGUCAGCGUGCUUGCAUACUUUUGUUUUCUAGAGGAACUACUGGUUUCAGAUUUGGGCCUUCGCGCUCUUGCCAUUUCAUUACCUUUCUCAUGUGUUUUAGGUCUCCUUUCAUCUAUGAUUGCGUCAACAAUGGUGAGCAGGAGUUACAUAUGGGCUUAUGCUUGCUUCCAGUUCGCAAUUAUCUUCCUGUUUGCUCAUGUAUUUUAUACUAUACUUAAUGUUAGUGCGAUUCUCUCAGUUCUUCUUUCAUCUUUCACUGGAUUUGGGAUUUCAAUCAGCAUGAGUUCUCUCCUAAUGGAAUAUAUUAGAUGGAGAACACGUAGGCAGAUUCAAUCUUCUAAUCAGAAUGUUAUCACGACGCAGAGGCAGCGCCGUGAUCAUGCUCAGCCGCAACAAGAACAUUCAGGACAGCAUCAUCAACUGCAAAGGCUGCAGCAAGUGCAGCACCAAUGACAUUAGCUCCUCCAACAAUAGUUGAGACCAGUUUUUCACAAAUAUGAAGAAUUUUGUUGUUUCUUUCGCUUCUUUUUUGGUUACUUAGAUUUGGCAUUUCCAUUUAGGUGUUAACUCAAAGAUU